GUAGUGAGGAGAAAAAUAAAGUAGCUCGAUUAGUCUUGGGAAAAGACAGUAAUGUAGAUUGGCGAAAGGAACAAUUGGAGGAUCAAAGUAUUUCAAUUAUAUUUCAGGGAUUGGAAUCUGGCCGACGUCCUUUGUUGAAUAAAGUUUCUUCUGGAAGUCUGUCUUCUAAAAUUUAUUUGUCUUAUUGGGAUAGUUUGGUUAUUAAGGAUGGUGUUUUAUAUAAGAAAUUGGAAGCUCCAAAUUUAAAAUCUAGCUUCUUGCAAGUUAUUGUUCCUAGUUCUCGCGUGAAACAAAUUUUAAUUGAGGCUCAUGAUUCUCCUUCUGGUGGUCAUUUUAANGAUUGUUUUACAAAGCGGGUAGAAGCUUUUCCUUUGAAGAAUAUAAGAGUUUCUACUGUUGCUGAAGUUUUUGUUAAUGAAGUAGUUUCUCGACAUGGUGUUCCUUUGGAAUUGCAUACAUAUCAAGGAAGGAAUUUUGAAUCAAAAUUGUUUUUCGAUCUUUCGAGAUUGUUGGGUUUUAGGAAAACAAGGACUACUGCUUUUCAUCCGCAGUCUGAUGGACAAGUUGAACGUCAACAUCAGACGAUAUUACAGUCUCCUAAGCAUGAAACGACUGCAUUUUCUCCUACUGAGUUAUAUUUUGUGCAAGAUCUAAGAUUGCCUAUCGAUUUGUUGCGUGGGUCUCCGCCUGUCGUUGAUAGUUAUAAAUUUAGUGAAAAUUAUGUUAUAAAUUUACGGGAAAAACUAGAUCAGGUUCAUCAAUAUGCUAGACAAUUGAUGGCAAUUAAAAGCGAUAGAGUGAAAGCGUUUUAUAACCGAAAAGCAAGGAAUUUGUCUUUUGAAGCGGGACAAAAAGUUUGGUUUUAUAAUCCUCGUCGGAGCAAAGGCAAAGCUCCUAAGUUACAAAAUUUUUUGGACGGUCCAUAUGAGAUUGUAAAAAAAAUUAGCGAUGUG